ACUGAUCCUACUGUAUACUUGCUACGCUAGCUGCACAGAGCCACACUCACACAGUCCACAGAAGCAGGCAGCAAUGGAGGUAGCUAGCGGACUGCUCCCUGUGCAAUCGUCCAAGCUGAAGCUCGACAGGUCGACCUCCAAGGCUGCAACAAUGGAGGUUCAGAUCCUGAGCUCCAAGCUCGUCAAGCCUGCUGCUGAGCCCACCAACAAUGACACCCUGGCCGAGCCCGAGUGCAUCCCUCUUUCUGUGUUCGACAAGGUGACGUACCAAAUCCAGAUGGCCAUCAUUUACGCCUUUGCGCCGCCGGCACCUACCACGGCAGCUCUCGAAAAGGGCCUCGCUUUAGCCCUCGCUGACCACCGGGCCUUCGCGGGCCAGCUGGUCACCCGUGAAGAGGGCCCGGCGGUGCUGCUCAACGACCGUGGGGCGCGGGUCGUGGAGGCCCGCGUGGACGACGCGGACCUCAUCGACGUCGCGCCGCCCAAGCCCAAGCCGGAACUCCUGAUGCUGCACCCUGACCUUGCGGUGGAACACGAGGAGGUCGUGGUGCUGCAGCUCACCAGGUUCCGGUGUGGCUCACUCGUUGUCGGGUUCACGGCCCACCAUGCAGUGGCUGAUGGUCGUGGCACCAGUAGCUUCCUCGUCGCCUGGGGCCGGGCCACCAGGGGCCUUGAUAUGGGCCUCCCACCGUUGUACCACCACGAGGGGCUCUUCAUGCCUCGGCUUUCGCCGCGAGUCGAGUUCGACCACCGCAACAGGGAGUACUACCUCCCGCCAUCGCCUUUCGCCGUCGCCUCCAUUGCCGACAAGGAAAGUAUUCUUGUCCACAAGGCUCACUUCACCAAGGACUUCAUCGCACAUCUCCGUGCCGCCGCCUCACAUGGCCUGUCCCGUCCAUUCAGCCGGUUCGAAACCAUCCUGGCCCACAUAUGGCGCACCAUCACACGCGCGCGGGGCCUUGCCCCAAACGAGACCUCGACAAUCCGCUUGUCAGUGGACGGGCGUGACCGCCUCGGUGUCCCGGCCCGGUACGCCAACAACCUCGUGUUGUGGGCAUUCCCGCACACCACAGUGUCCGACCUCCUAACCAAACCGCUGAUGCACGCCGCGCAGCUCAUCCACGACGAAGUGGGGAGGGUGGCUGACGCGGGGUACUUCCAGUCAUUUAUUGACUUUGCAUGCUCCGGCAACAUCAAGGAGGAAGGGCUCUCACCAAGUGCUGCCCUAAAUCUAAGGGAUGUGUUGUGCCCUGACCUGGAGGUGCACAGCUGGCUCACCUUCCCGUUCUACGACCUGGAUUUUGGCACAGGGAGCCCCGCAUACGUCAUGCCAUCCUACUUCCCGGCGGAAGGGUUGAUAUUCCUCAUGCCAUCUUAUAUUGGGGAUGGCAGCAUUGACGCCUUUGUGCCCGUGUUUCAGGACAACCUAGAAGCGUUCAAGCAGUGCUGCUACUCCAUCUCCAUGGAUGGAGAUAGUAGCUAGCUAGGAAUUAAACCCAUGGCGCACAAAAUAACGUUCCAAAUAAAUAGAGCUACCCUAGCUCACUCGUCAAUAGAGCGCGGUCAAAGAAUAAAACUGCAGGUCAAUGCAGUGCACGUUCCUUUCUUGCUUAUGGCCGGGAUUAGGGCGUUUACGUGAUUGAUUUAAUUAACAGUUGUUUGUUGGGUCUUUAAACAUGUUGUAACAAGUGUUGGAAUAAGAUUGUCAAUCUUCGCCA